UUAAUCAGUUGUAAUUCACAGCGUUAUCUAUGUGAAAUGGAGCGUGUUCGCUAUCAUUGCUAUCAACAAGAUUAAGUCGGUAGACUAGACCAGCUUACCCGGUUAUCAGCGUGUCGCGACGAAGUCACCCACAUCGCCUGUCGCUGCAGUGUGUGAGCGUGUCCCCUCGCGUCACGUGCCGGCUGCGACUCAGCUGAAUUGUUCCAACGAGAGAAACUUUAAAACAAGCUCCCAAUUACAGAUACUCGAGUAGUGGCCCGCAGUGAGGCCGACACAGUCGCGUGUGAGCAUGCAGCGCAGCUUGUUGGUGUGUGUGUGCGCGGCCGUGGUGUGCGCCGCGCGCGCCGGCAGACACGACGCCUACUCCAGUACCGCAGUGUUCGGAGUCCAGCUCCGUAACUCCUCGGACCUGGAGCUGCUGCACAACUUGGAACUGAAGCUGAACCUGGACAUGUGGCAGUACGGCAUGCCGCGAGUGAGAGACGCCAUGGUCAUAGUGCCGCCUCGCGUGAGGGGGGAGUUCCUGAGCGCGCUGGACGAGGCAGGAGUCGGCCACUACGUGCACGUGCAGGACGUGGCACAAGCUUUGGAGGAAUACGACGAGGAUCUAGCCAGCUGGCGGAGCAGCCGGACUCCUCGGAAGAUAUUCGACGACUACCACCGGUACGCUGAUAUCGAUGCUUACUUGGAGGAGGUCGCGGCCAAGUAUCCGGACCUGGUGACUAUUGUCAACGCAGGGAAGAGUUUUGAAGGACGCGACAUUAAGUACUUGAAGAUAUCAACGACUAAGUUCGAAGACCACAGUAAACCAAUUUACUUCAUGGAAGCAAUGAUCCACGCCCGCGAGUGGGUCACCACCCCCGUGGCGCUGUACUCCGUGCACCGGCUGGUGGAGGACCUGCGGAGCGAGGACCGAGACCUGCUGGAGGACGUCGACUGGAUCAUUCUGCCACUCGUCAACCCUGACGGAUACGAGUACUCACAUACACAUGACCGCCUGUGGCGUAAGACAAGGUCGACCGACCCGACUGUCGACACAACCUGCAUCGGAGUGGACGGCAACAGGAACUUCGACGUCCGACACGGAGUGGGCACGCCGACAGAUCCGUGUCAGAAUACAUACGCCGGGGCGAGACCGUUCUCGGAGCCCGAGACUGGGUACGUGAGGGACAUACUCGCGGAGCACAGGGGCAGGGUGCAGAUAUUCAUGGACAUCCACAGCCACGGGAACUACGUGCUGUUCGCGUACGGCGACGGCAGCCUGCCGCCCGACGCCUUGCAAAUAUUCCUGGUGGGGUCGGCCAUGGGCGCCGCCAUGGACGCCAUGAAGCUGCCCGAGGCCGGGUUCUACCGCGUGGGGAACAGCGCCACCGUGCUUUAUGGCAGUUCGGGCAGUGCACAGGAUUACGGCCAGGUGGCCGGCGCCGCGGCGUCGUACACGCUGGAGCUGCCGGGCUACGGGCACCUGUUCGAGGUGCCGCCGCAGUACCAGCCGCACAUCAACGAGGAGACGUGGCAGGGCAUCGCCGUCACCGCGCGGCUCUCGCGCGCCCUCUACCGCGACCGCUACAACGCCGCCAACGCACAGCCUUAAUACAUUCCUGUAUAUAACGCUACUCCGUAUUUUUUUCAGUUUAGUAAUUAAAUCAUAAUUAUAUA